AUGUCUGGUGCUUCCGAUCGCGAGGCCGUCUUUCCGACUCGUCAGUCGCUGGGAAUCAUGAAAGCAAAGCUCAAAGGUGCUGAGACGGGGCAUAGUUUGCUGAAGCGGAAAAGCGAAGCCUUAACCAAGCGCUUCAGAGAGAUAACGAGGCGAAUCGAUGAAGCAAAGCGUAAAAUGGGACGUGUGAUGCAAAUUGCAGCGUUCUCACUGGCGGAAGUUACAUACGCGGUUGGAGGGGAUAUUGGAUAUCAAGUUCAGGAAUCAGCCAAGUCGGCUCGGUUCCGUGUUCGAACCAAGCAAGACAAUGUAUCUGGUGUCCUUCUCCCGGCUUUCGAAAGUUACAUUACAGAGGGAAAUAAUGAUUUUGGCCUAACGGGCUUGGGCAAAGGUGGCCAACAAGUGCAGCGCUGCCGGGAGACUUAUGCUCGAGCAGUAGAAGCUCUCGUAGAGCUCGCUAGUCUCCAAACGGCGUUCGUCAUACUCGACGAAGUCAUCAAGGUGGUAAAUAGGCGAGUGAACGCAAUCGAACACGUCAUCAUCCCUCGAACUGAAAAUACUAUCAAAUACAUAAACUCUGAACUCGACGAGCUUGAUCGAGAGGAAUUUUACAGAUUGAAGAAAGUGGCGAAUAAAAAGCAGCGAGAUACGGCAGCAGCAGAUGCGGAAAUGAAGGCAAGGCGUCAGGAUUUUGGUGGCCGGGUGGUGGGUGAUGAGAUGGAAAGUGAGGGGACUGGCCCAAGAGAUAUUCUUGCCGGCGCGGACGAAGAGGACGUUAUUUUUUAA